AAGAUUAUUUUACUUACAGUUUAAUCUGAAGGGGCUUAUUUACAAAAUGCAUUUAUGUGACAGCUUGAUAUGCUUUAUUUUUCUGCAGGACUCGAUUACUGGAAUUGUCAACUUUGUUGAUGUAUGUGCACAUUUCUCCUCCACUAUGAGCAGACCAAUUGUAGUGCACAGUUGUCUGGCCUUCUGGAGCCUUGUGCUUCUCAACUUUGCCACACAAUGUGUGGCCUUCCCCAAAGUGGAAAGAAGGGAGAUAGCGCAUGUUCCUGAAGAAACAGGGCAGCCUGAGAGGAUAAACACAGAUGACCUAGAAAAUGACCCUCUGACUUCCAAGUGCCCUCCCCAGUUGGUGGUCUCUGAAGAUCCAGUGAUGGUGUUAGCAGAACCAUCAGCAACGUCCUUAAAGAAAGUAUUGCCUACUAACAAAGAAGUCCAUCCAGUAGGCGGUGGGCUCAUGCAGCCUAACAGCCCUGCCUUGUACACUGGUGCUGAGACAGUCCUCCCCGGCGAGGAGGAAGUGUUUGUUUCCAGCCAGCCAGAGAGGGUGUCUCCCGAGAGCCGACUUUUCAAGGCCAUGCUGAUCAAUCCUAUCCCUGCAACUGCUCCUCUGAAUAUCGAUCAGAAAGAAGAACGCUUCGGUAGUACCGUCAUUCAGCCCAUCAUAGAAGGGACCACAGAAGAAACACAGGGUUUUCUGAACUAUGUGGAUGACCAGUUGUUUGCAACUGAAAGUCAGGAAGGAGUUAGUCUGGGACAUUCACCUUCAUCUGAUGUGAAUACUAAAGAAAUGCUAACUGCCAGUCCCAGGACCGAGAAAUCUGAAACAGAUACAGAACACAGGGCAGCUUUUUUCCCCAGUGUUGAACCCAUAGUGGGCACGGAGCCUGGAAGCCCCAUGCCUGAGAGGGAGAAGCCUUUGCCGAUGACAGCUGAUCAUUCCCAGACCGCGGCCACCAAGCACUGGCUCACAACCUCUGAGUACACCCUGAGUGUUGAGCCAGAAACUGACAGGCUGCUGGGAGCCCCAGGAGUCCCAGGGAGUGUCAGCACAGCUGUUCCAGCUGCCUCUGUCGGAAGUGAUGAGUGGGAUGACACCAAAUUAGAGAGUGUAAGCCAGAUAAAGACUCCAAAGCUUGGAGAAAGUAUAGAGACUCAGAUGGGAAUGGAAAUGUCUCAGACAGCCCAAGAAACUGAUAAUGACCCUAUGGAAGGUCUGGAAGAGGGCGAACCUGUGACAGAGGCUGCAGAGGUGGCUCUGGGGCUGCUGGAAGGGGAAGAACCCAUGGGGACAGCCCUGCUAAUGGCACACGGGGAGGCGCUAUCCUCUCCCUUUGCCGAUCAAAGUUCUUUUACUCCCACAAGUCCUGUGGAAGAUAGGAAAGUCUCUGUUGUCAGCCUCUUCCAAGAUACUGCAGACUUCAUGGAGUCCACUAGGGAAAAUGAUGCAGUGGUUUUCUUAGAGACCACUGUUUCCAUCUCAGAAUAUGAAUCUGAGGCACAUCAACCACUGGGAAAUACACUGAAAGACAUCAUCACUCAAGAGAUGACAACAGCUGUUCAAGAAGUAGAAGCCACUUUAUCAUUGGUGACACAAGAGCAGCAGGUUUCUACCCUCGAGGUUACUGGAGAAAAUGGUAAGAUUGAGGAAGGAAAAGAGUCCCCCUCUGCCACAUCUGGUGUCCCUACUGUUACUCAGCUGUCGAGGAGAUGGGAGCCUCUGCCCUCUACAGUUUCAACUACAGCCGUGCCGUUGUCUUCCGAAGUUACUUCUGCUCUGGAAGAACUAAUAGACACCAUCACGGGGCCAAACGAGGAAUUGUUCACACCAGUUUGGGGCUCUCCGGUGACUCCCCCUGGAAUAAUAGAGGAAGCCCCCAGCCUUUUCCCAGCACUUCCUGAUUCUGAGGCGUCUUCGGAGAGCAGAACCGUUGUCCCAUCCAUUAGCCAUGUUAAUACAGCUGCCUCAUAUGGCCUGGACCAACUUGAAUCUGAAGAGGACAGAAGCACUUCUCCAGAGAAUGGAGUCUUUUUCUCAAUGGGAUAUGGGCAAAAUCUGCCCUUAUUAGAUAGCAGACAACCAAGAAAGGGAGAAGAAGAUGAGGAUGAAGAGGAGGAAGAGGAGGAAGAUGAAGAAGAGGAAGAUGAGGAGGAAGAUGAAGAUGAUAAAGACACAGAGUCCCUGGAUGAUAGCUUGGAUGGUGACGCUGAGCUGCCUGGGUUCACUCUCCCUGGCAUCACGUCUCAAGAACCUGGCUUCGAGCAGGGAAACCUGGGCCCUUUGGAUGGAGCCACUGACCAGGUGCCAGAUGCCAUCGAGUGGGAACAGCAGAAUCAGGGCCUGGUGAGAAGCUGGAUGGAAAAACUAAAAGACAAGGCUGGCUACAUGUCUGGGAUGCUGGUUCCUGUCGGGGUCGGGAUAGCCGGCGCCCUGUUCAUCUUAGGAGCUCUCUACAGCAUUAAGGUUAUGAAUCGCCGAAGGAGAAACGGCUUCAAAAGGCAUAAAAGAAAGCAGAGAGAAUUCAACAGCAUGCAAGACCGAGUCAUGCUCUUAGCCGACAGCUCUGAAGAUGAGUUUUGAAUCAGACGGGAGUUUUCCUGGGAUAUUCACUUGUCUUAUUAUUUUAUUGUUUAUUUGGGGGA